AUGGCUCAAGAGAAAGCCAGUAGUGGUUCUCAACCAGAUAACCUCAGCAGACUUCCAGCACAGGUUGACUUUGCAGUAAAGUGUGUCAACGUUCAAAGAGAAGCCGGUGAUUUAAAUGAAAAAAGGCGCUGUCAUAAACUGAAAAGAAUCCUAUGUGAAACACACGUUACUACAUGCUUGCUGAAGAAUGAUGUUAAGGAAGGACCGAAUAAGGGCAAACGUUUUUAUAUCCUCACUGCGCGUGAUGCAAAGCCAUGCAACAUUGUGUUGCCCUGCUCUGAGUUUACGUAUGCUUUUCAGGAUCCCACCAUCUCACUGCUUCAGCACGAGGACUUCAUGGUUGAACUUCAAACACUAAUUUACAAUGAAAAACAGGACAAAUACAAGUUGUUUUAUCACUGUAUGAUUGGAAAAUCUGAAAGAGAGAAGUGGUUUGGUUGUUUUUCUUGGAGAGAAAAAAAAAACCCUGAGAAAAUGAUUGAUUUGUCAGAGAAAGAUCUUCAAUCCUCACUCCUGUCACACCCUUUCAAAGUCAAGACAAAACAGGACAAAUCUUCAGAACGCAAGAAGAAUCCAGAUGCUGAAAAGCAUAGAGGAGAGAUCAAUGGUGAUAAAAGUGUGAACGGUAAAGAUCAUAGUAGUGCUAAAAAGAAAGAAGAGCGUUCCAAGACAACAGAGAUAGAGUCUUGGAGGAACAAGAAACUUCCCGCUGGGAUGAAGAUAAAGAAGAGAGUGUCUGAUGACGAGAGGCUGAGGAGCACGGCACAGGACGGGGCAUGUCCUGAGAGUCCAAACUCUGUUAACGAAAGAAUUGAAGGACCGGGUGAAUCCAAGACCAGCCUCAAACACCUACAGGAGAAGAAGACUACAAAAACGGGCAUGAGAAUGAAACAUGAUGACCACUCAAACAGACAAAUCACAGUAAACAGUACCAAACCACCCACCCUGAAGAGUGCUCCGACUCCAGCUGCACAUGUUCAGAAAACACUCACUUCUUAUCCUGGUUUCCAGCCUGCUUCUAAAGUUCAGGCUCGGUUUGAGGACCCCAGGGCCCUCCACAGCCAUCUCACAGCCCAGCUCAAGCAGAAGAAGGCCACUCUUUCAGUGGUGAACGUGUCAGCUCUGCCAGAUAAAGGGGAGCAUUUGAAGAGUCAGGUGAAGGAGCCUCUGGAGUCUUUGAGUCUGACCACAGCUUCUCUGUCUGGGUCUGAAGAUAAAGACAAAUCAGAGGCAGAACGUAAAGCAUCACACAGCCAUUCCAAUCCAUUCAGUCGUUCUGGAGGCACCAUCCUCCUGCCCACAGCUCCAGCUCCCAUGAUGAAGGAAUCCUCUGGCAGCUCACUGGGUCUGAACCUAAGCCAAGGCUACUCCCAGAUGUUCGGAGUGAAUCCUCAGAGCCAGGCUUUCUAUGGUGGCAGGAUGACUGAGAACAGACAGCUGGCAGUCCACAUUGCCACCAGUGAGGCCAUCGACCAUCUGCACGACUCGCUGGAGUCCUGCCCUACAGAAGACACAGAGGCACCGGAUCCCAAAGGAAUCAAAGUAGAGCUGUUGCCUCAUCAGAGGAGAGCUCUGGCCUGACUGCUGUGAAGAGAGACACAGAAACCAUGUGGAGGAAUAUGGCUGAUAUUCAGUACUCCUAUAAGAUAA